CCUCCCGGCCUCGGCCUCGGGCCCCCGCGUCCCCGCGCGCUCACAGCGGCCGGCCAUGGGCUGCGACGGGCGCGUGGCGGGGCUGCUCCGCCGCCACCUGCAGCCCACGCUCACCUACUGGAGCGUGUUCUUCAGCUUCGGCCUGUGCAUCGCCUUCCUGGGGCCCACGCUGCUGGACCUGCGCUGCCAGACGCACAGCUCGCUGCCCCAGAUCUCCUGGGUCUUCUUCUCGCAGCAGCUCUGCCUCCUGCUGGGCAGCGCCCUCGGGGGCGUCUUCAAGCGAACCCUGGCGCAGUCGCUGUGGGUGCUCUUCACCGCUUCGCUGGCCAUCUCCGUGGUGUUCGCCGUCAUCCCCUUGUGCCACAACGUGAAGGUGCUGGCCUCGGUCAUGGCGCUGGCGGGCCUGGCCAUGGGCUGCAUCGACACCGUGGCCAACAUGCAGCUGGUGAGGAUCUACCAGAAGGACUCGGCCAUCUUCCUGCAGGUUCUCCAUUUCUUCGUGGGCUUUGGCGCCCUGCUGAGUCCUCUCAUCGCCGACCCCUUCCUGUCGGAGGCCAGCUGCUUGCCGGCCAACGGCACUGCUAACGCCACAGCCAACGCCACAACUGGGGCCCGCAUGCUUCAUGUCUCCGGGACCCAGCACCACACCCCUCUGGCCAACCCGACGCUGCCCCCCAGGACGCCCCCCCAGAGCGGGGCAGGGACCCGUGUGUCCUACGCCUUCUGGAUCAUGGCCUUGAUCAACCUCCCGGUGCCCUUGGCUGUGCUGUUCCUGCUGUCCAAAGAGAGGCUACUGACCUGCCCCCAGCGCCGGCCCCUGCUCCUGUCGGCGGACGAGCUGGCCCUGGAGACGCGGCCUCCGGAGCAGGAAGACGCCUCCUCCUCCUCCACCUCCUCCUCACUGCCCCCCAAGUUUCAGCCACACCCAGACCUGCUCGCCUGCUGCUGGCGGCGGAACUGCCGAGGGGCCCCUUGCUCCUUCUUUGCCAUCCACAUCUCGGCGGCCCUGGUGCUGUUCAUGACGGAUGGCAUCACGGGGGCCUACUCGGCCUUCGUAUACAGCUACGCCGUGGAGAAGCCGCUGUCUGUGGGCCACAAGUCGGCCGGCUACCUGCCCAGCCUCUUCUGGGGCUUCAUCACCCUGGGCCGCCUGGUCUCCAUCCCCAUCUCCUCCAGGGUGAGACCCGCCAGCAUGGUCUUCGUCAACGUGGUCGGUGUGGUGGUGACGUUCCUGAUGCUCCUUGUUUUCUCCUACAAUGUCGCCUUCCUGUUCGUGGGGACGGCCAGCCUGGGCCUGUUCCUCAGCAGCACCUUCCCCAGCAUGCUGGCCUACACCGAGGACAUUCUGCAGUACCGAGGCUGUGCUACCACCGUGCUGGUGACGGGGGCAGGAAUCGGCGAGAUGACCCUGCAGAUGCUGGUUGGUUCGGUCUUCCAGGCCCGGGGCAGCUAUAGUUUCCUGGUCUGCGGCGUGAUCUUUGCUAGCCUGGCCUUUACCUUCUAUGUCUUGCUCCUGUUUUUCCACAGGAUGUACUCUGGGCUCUCAUCAGCUCCUACUCCAGACAAGCCUCUUGGAAUGGAAAACUUGGAGUUCUACCAGAGGUAAAACCAGGCCAAGGAGGCCCACGAAGACUCCAGGCUCUCGCACACCAGCACAGACCAAAGGGUUCAAGCCUGCCGCGCGUGGGAGCAGAUGGAG